AAAUCAAUGAGCCAAAUAACAAACGACGACUCCCAAGAAAAACACACGGAAAUAAUACUUCCAGCUUUCAGGAAGCAAAGACAAGCAAUGGAUAAUCCAGCAUUUGAAAACUCAGAGGAAGGCGAUGAAUCCGGCAAGAAAAAGAUGUACACAGCGACUGAUGUGCCUGGUCCGCCAGGUAAUACGGUCCGUGCUCGAAAGUUGACACCUAAAAUAAACACAAGUUAUCGAACGAGUCAGACAGACAUUUUACCAACAUUGCACGAAAUACCUUCCGUGACUGAUCUGACUGAAAUGAAAGAGUCAGGACACAUGACGAAUGGCAGCAACUUAGAACAUGCAGCAGCGGGACCUCCAACUUUGAUUCAGAAAGGGAAGUCUUCGGCUGCUUCGUUGCGCCAAUUAGUGCGAAACAUGAGUCGUGAUGUCAUACCGAAUAUCGACAAUUAUCGCACGACUUAUCAGAGGCAAACGGCAGCCAGACCCAGUUUACACGAACUGUGCAGUCCCACGACACCUGCAGUCAAUGAAGAAGUAUUACUACGUGAUUUUAGUGAGGUAGAAGUUGAGGAAGGAGGCCCUAAACUACCAGAGGAUAUUGCUAAAGACAAUGUGGGAGGACCUGUCAAAUUUGGAUGGAUCGAGGGUGUUUUAAUUCGAAACAUGAUGAGCAUUUGGGGUGUUAUGCUUUUCUUACGUCUUUCAUGGGUAGUGGCGCAAGCAGGAAUAGGCGAAACUUUGGUUAUUAUCGGAAUUUCGACGUUCAUCACUUUGGUGACGGCCUUGUCCAUGUCGGCCAUAUCAACCAAUGGAGAGAUCGGCGGAGGUGGCACUUAUUUCGUGAUGUCAAGAGUAUUGGGCCCAGAAUUUGGUGGAUCAAUCGGCAUCAUCUUUAUCAUCGCCAACGCGAUGGAUUGCGCCCUCAAUACAGUUGGUUUCGCUCAAACCGUUUUGGAUAUGAUGAAAACAUACGGGGGAGGAAUGAUCAUCGUAGACGGAGGUGACAACGACAUCCGCAUCAUAAGUGUCGUCGCCAUAUUCUUGAUCUGCACUGUCUGCGGUCUUGGAUCUUAUUACGAAACAAAGAUGAAAAACAUCAUGUUACUCAUUAUGCUGAUUUCCCUCUCAAAUUUCCUUGCUGGAAGCAUUAUGGGUCCUUCAGACGAAUUGGAACAAGCACAAGGAUUUAUCGGUUACAGCAUGGAAUUACUGAAAGAGAACUGGAAUUCAAACUAUUUCGUCACUGAUGGCCAAAUGCAGAAUUUCAUUUCCGUGUUUUCCGUUUACUUUCCGGCCUGCAUCGGAAUUCUUGCCGGAGCUAAUGUUUCCGGUGAUCUAAAGAACCCUAAUUCAGCUAUCCCCAAAGGAACGAUAUGGGCCAUCAUUCUCUGCAGCAUAGUUUACGCUGGAGUAGCCGUAAUUUGUGCAGUAACAGUAGCACGACAAGCUACUGGACGAGUUGUUGACUUGGCCAAUGGAACCUAUUUAAACUGCACCUCUUUUACAAACGGCACUAACUGUAAAAGUGGCCUGAAUUACGAUUAUCAGGCGAUGUCUUUGGUCUCUGCCUUUGCUCCGCUCAACUAUUUGGGUUGCAUCUCGGCUACACUUAGUACAGCUCUCUCGGAUUUUGUUUCUUGUCCGGCUCUCAUCGAAGCCAUGGCGGCUGAUAAUCUCUAUCCCUAUUGGAUGAUGGGUUUUAUGGGAAAGGGAUAUGGGAAAUCAAAGCAGCCAUUACGCGCAAUUGCUUUUACUUUCCUGUUAUCAGUGGCUUUCAUUCUAAUAGCUAAAUUGGACAUGAUCGCCUUACUGAUUUCGGAUUUCUUUCUCGCCACGUUCGCCCUAAUGAAUUUUUCAACGUUCCACAUCAGCUUGGUCAAACCAAUCGGAUGGCGACCGACUUUUAAGUAUUACAACACUUGGCUAAGUCUCUUGACGGGCAUUCUGUCAAUCGUCUCCAUGAUCCUCGUCAGUCUACCUAUAGCAAUGAUAACAAUAGCUGUCGUCCUGUUUUUUUAUUUGUUAGUUCUCUACCGAAAACCUGAGGUGAACUGGGGAUCAUCUACUCAAGCACAAACCUAUCGCGCCGCUCUGAAUAGUAUUCAACAACUCGUUCACAUAGAGGAACACGUCAAGAAUUACAGGCCACAAAUUUUGGUUCUAACGGGACUCCCCAACACUCGCCCAGCUCUGGUAGACUUUGCCUAUCUCAUCUGUAAAAAUAAUUCCCUGAUGGUCUGUGGAAAUGUUGUCGAGGAAAGAUUAACAUUUGAAAUGCGCUCCAAUCUACAACAAAAAGCUUAUCGAUACCUGCGAUUCACCAACAUCAAAGGAUUCUGUUCCGUUGUCGAUAACUUGAAUCUCCACACAGGCGUUGAAGUAUUGUUGGGCCUUUCUGGCGUUGGUAAAGUAAAGCCCAACAUUCUGAUGAUGGGCUACAAAAAUAACUGGGCAACCUGCGACAAAAAAAUAUUGGAUGAAUAUGUGUUGACUAUACAUACUGGGUUCGAAAUGAAUGUGGGUGUGGCCAUCCUUCGACUACAAGAGGGCCUCGAUUGUUCUGAAAUUUUGGGAGACAUAGACGAAGUUAUUCUGAAUAAAUCUAGCGAGAAAACCUAUGAGUCAACAAGCCGCCCAUCAUUCGGACGGGAAAACUCAGUGAUCAGUGAUAGCAAUUUAUCGGAAACCCCAACAGACAUCUCAUCAUCAAUUAGAAAUUCGAGUAUCAGCGAAUCAGCAGAUGAGUCCACAGUUCAGGAAGAAGGCAGCCGAACUGUGGUGCUUGGUGUCACGAAAAACAAGAAAAGCAAGAAAAAGCAAAAGCAGGCCAUCACAUUUAGAGACCCUAAGGGAAACGAAUUGCCAAAGAGUUUAAUGAACAGAGUAAUCUUGUUCCAGAAAAAACAGAAAAAAGACACCAUUGAUGUCUGGUGGCUGAGCGACGAUGGAGGUUUGACACUACUGCUACCAGUUCUGAUCAAUAGCCGGUCCAAUUGGUCUGAGACUAAACUGCGCAUUUUCUGCACGGCGUCUGGUGUCCAAGAAUUGGAAAAAGAGCAUAAAGGAAUGACAGUAUUGCUCUCCAAAUUCCGAAUUGAUUAUUCGGAUCUAGUUAUUAUUAGUUACGCUAAUGCAGCACCGAAAAGCAAAACCAAAGAGUGGUUUGAUAGCCUGAUUCGACCCUUCCGACAAUCAGGAGAAGGAAACCACAUAAAAGAAAGAGAACUUGAAACUUUUCAGUACAGAACUGAUCGUUACCUCAGAUUGAGAGAGUUACUCCAGGAUCAUUCCUCGGAUUCCAACUUGGUAGUUAUGACCUUACCAAUACUCCGAAAAGGAGACUUUAGUGCCCCACUUUACAUGGCUUGGUUGGAGACACUCACUGCUAAUAUGCCUCCGUUCAUGCUCGUCCGCGGAAAUCAAACAUCUGUUUUGACAUUUUAUUCUUGAAAUGUUGACCGAUAAAAUUGUGAGCACUUGUUUUGUUAGAAUGGCCAGCAUGUACAUUUACGUACAUCUCACAUUAGAGAAUUGUUGUCCUUUUUUUAUUUUUUUUGUUUUCAUACAAUCUUGUCAAGAACCCAAA